AUGGAUAAAUACGAGCAUCAAGACAAAGAAAAUGUAAAAGCGAAAACAAGGAUUCCUUUACCCCUGGCACCUUUGCCGGCUCUGCCGAACCACUUGCUGAAGAAAUUAAACGAAAGACCCCCGUUGAAUACUUUAUCGGGCCCUAAUGGUCUCAACCAUAAUGUGCCUUUAAAUUUGUUAUGCAUGGCUGGCCCAAGCAAUUCAAAAAACAAAAGCGUUGUUAAUAGACCAAAAAGUCCUUUUCAAAUUGACACUAAAUUCGUAACAGUGCGACGGGGUUGUGAAGAUUUCGACUACAAUUUUGUUGCUUACCAAGAUGAUAAGAGAAGAAUUUCAGAGCCGAGCGUCAUUACUGUUAGCAGUGAUGAAGAAAAUGAUGCAAACGAAAAGGAAAUAUAUUUCACUGAUAAAGAUGGCCUUGCUAAUAAGAAGCGGAUAUCAGCAAGUACCCCGGCUCUUAACACAUUAGUUCCAGCCAGGGUAAAGAAUAUAAAGCGAAGCUUGAAAAGACCUCAUAGUAGGGAGUUACAAGGUUUAACACCACUGGAAAAUCGCGAAAGGGUAGAUGACAGAGCGAAACGGAGACUGAAUUUCAAUCAAUCAGUUCGUGAGAGGAUGCAGUCACCUGAUUUAUUACAAAAAUCAUACAUGGCCAGCAUGGACAGAGAAUACACAGGGGAAAUUCUAUCAUUCCUUCUACAAGCCGAAACGAAACCAGUGGCCCUCCCACGGGUUAAGAGUGAGACGAGAGCGUGCGUUAUCAACUGGCUGAUGAAAAUUAACGGCAUAGACGGCAACCCGGCCACCAUUCAGACCGCGGUGUGGUACCUGGACGCGGUGCUGGCCACGGGCAACGUGACGCUCGAGAACAUGCAGCUAGUGGCCGCGGCCGCCUACUGGAUCGCCUCCAAGCUCCACGGCCCGCUCACGCCUGCAUCCAAGCUUGUCAAAUACGCUAAUCAUGCCUUCACGCAGGAGAGGCUGUUGGAAGCGGAGAAAGUCAUAUUGCUUAGAUUGAAAUUUCCGCGCCAACCAAUAGUGCCCCAAGACUACCUCUGUUACUUCGCUUGGUGGUGCAACAAAGAACGGCCUGGCGAGAUCGAAGUGGCCACCACGUUCCUCUGCCUCUGCGGGAUGAUGGUCAACAAGAGCCUCUGCCCCGAGUACCCGUCCGUGGUGGCCGCGGCUUCUAUAAGGAAUGCUUUGUUGUUGCUGAAGAGAAAGGAGCUGAUACCGCGACUGCAGAGGUGUCCGGCGUACGUAGCUGCAGAAAGGAAGGCCGGGAACAUGUCACACACGUGCACCAUUCUUCGGCACGCGGUGCGCGUGGUGGGUGCGAAGAACUACAGCUACAAGUUCAUAUUCGAGCAGUACGGAAUGCCGCCGAAGUACAUCGCGCAGACCCUCGUGAGUGCGGCCAACGAGCUCGCUGUCAUGGACACUAGGAGCACCGCAGAUAUUUUGAACUAA